CCGAGUUUGCAUGUGCAUCGAUGCAUGCAUACGUGAGCAUGAGUGAGUGAUCGAGCCGGGUCGCUGUUCUGGGAGCCUGUGCGACUUUGGUCCCCCAAGACCAGCCUUCUUCACUCGCCCCUGCCCGGCCUCGCAGAGCCAGAGACAAAAGCAGCAGCGAGCCACCCGCCCGCACUUUCGUUUUCCGCCCUUGCUCGGCCCAGCCGUUGCCCGCCCGCUCGUUCGCUGCCGGGAGAGUCCGAAAAGUCCCGGGCGCAGCGCAGUCCUUCCCGGGGCGGGGAGAGUGGGGAGGCGGUCCCUCGCGGGAACCUACGCCCGCUGGCCCCGGGGACCGCCGAGCCGACUGUGCCGUGAUGGCCACGAUCUGGAAGCCGCUGCCGCCGCCGCAGUUGCGAUUUGCCACUGGUCGGUACCUGACGGGGAAGGCCCAGGACCCGGGGUGCGUUUCCCUAGGCGCCGCCCGGGCAGGGAAGGCGGGGGGCCAGCGCGCGGCGGGGCUGAACCGCGGGCGGAGAGCGCAUUAACACUCGCUCGCCAGGUUGGUGGAGGCGGGGCGGGUUCCGCCGGCGGCCGCUGGGCGGCGAGGGUGGGGGCCCUUUAAGCGCCCACCAACGUGGGGGCCGGAGGGGGCAGGGUGGGAGGAAACUCCCGCAGGGUCUUACACCGGCCCGGAGACGCUGCCGCGAGGAGGUCCCGUGAGGACGGCCUCCGCUGGAGCCGUGGAGCCGAGCGCUGCGGGCGGUGGGGACCAAGCGCGGCUCCCCGCGGGGGCGCACGGCCGCAGGCCCCGGAGUCGGUGCCACCCCUAAAAAACCGGUGUGUGUGUGUGUGUUGAGGGGCGGGGGGGAUCCCGCAGCCUCCGCCCUUGCUGCCAAGAGGCUGCCCUCAGCCUCUGUUCGGCUCCUUCCCUUGUGGGAGGGCGAGAGGGAAAGAGGGAGGAGAUAGAGGUGGGGGCGGAGGGAGCUGGAGAGAGAGGGGGUUCUGCGCCAACCGCCGGCCGAUCCAGCAGCUCCUCGGGGAGGACGGGCGGGCGGGGGAGGGCGCGCCGCGGCUCGCUCGGGAGAAGUGGCCGCCGAUGACGGCAGAGGUGCAGCCAGCCCCGCGUGCGCAGCCCCCUCCCCCUCGCCCUCCCCCCCCUCCUCCUCCUCUUCCUCCUCCUCCUCCUCCUCCCGGCUCGUCGGCGGCGCAGAGUAGCGGCGGCAGCGGCGGCGGCAGCAGCCACCCGAUGUCUUCGGCGCCCGAGAAACAGCAGCCACCGCACGGCGGCGGCGUUGGCGGCGGCGGGGGAGGCGGCGCGGCCAUGGACCCCGCGUCGUCCGGCCCGUCCAAGGCCAAGAAGACGAACGCCGGCAUCCGGCGCCCGGAGAAGCCGCCCUACUCGUACAUCGCGCUCAUCGUCAUGGCCAUCCAGAGCUCGCCCACCAAGCGCCUGACGCUCAGCGAGAUCUACCAGUUCCUGCAGAGCCGCUUCCCCUUCUUCCGCGGCUCCUACCAGGGCUGGAAGAACUCGGUGCGCCACAACCUCUCGCUCAACGAGUGCUUCAUCAAGCUGCCCAAGGGCCUGGGGCGGCCGGGCAAGGGCCACUACUGGACCAUCGACCCGGCCAGCGAGUUCAUGUUCGAGGAGGGCUCCUUUCGGCGGCGGCCCCGCGGCUUCCGAAGGAAAUGCCAGGCGCUCAAGCCCAUGUACAGCAUGAUGAACGGGCUGGGCUUCAACCACCUCCCGGACACCUACGGCUUCCAGAGCUCGGCUGGCGGCCUCUCGUGUCCGCCCAACAGCUUGGCGCUCGAGGGCGGCCUGGGCAUGAUGAAUGGUCACUUGCCGGGCAAUGUGGACGGCAUGGCUUUGCCCAGCCACUCGGUGCCCCACCUGCCCGCCAACGGCGGCCACUCGUACAUGGGCAGCUGUGGUGGCGGGGCGGCCGGCGAGUACCCUCACCACGACAGCUCGGUGCCCGCCUCCCCGCUGCUGCCCGCCGGCGGCGGGGUCAUGGAGCCUCAUGCUGUCUACUCGGGCUCCGCGGCCGCUUGGCCGCCCUCGGCCUCGGCCGCGCUCAACAGCGGCGCCUCCUACAUCAAGCAGCAGCCCCUGUCCCCCUGCAACCCCGCGGCUAACCCCCUGUCCGGCAGCCUCUCCACACACUCCCUGGACCAGCCCUAUCUGCACCAGAACAGUCACAACGCCCCAGCUGAGCUGCAAGGCAUCCCUCGGUAUCACUCGCAGUCACCCAGCAUGUGUGACCGAAAAGAGUUUGUCUUCUCUUUCAACACCAUGGCGUCCUCCUCCAUGCACUCCGCCGGCGGUGGCUCCUACUACCACCAGCAGGUCACCUACCAAGACAUCAAGCCCUGUGUGAUGUGAGCCGGGAAGCCCGCGGGUCCCUGGCACGGCCGUCGGAACAGGGACCUGGGAACCCACCCCUAGAAACUGCUUUAUUCUCGAGGUAUAACCGUCGGCAGAAGAAAAGGGUUUGACCCCUCCCCAACCGGAUUAUUUCAAAAGGAACCCCCAGGGCAAAGAAGCGGCACAGAGCUUGGCACCUCCUCUCCUAUUCCCUCAAAAUAUUUUAAAAAUGGUGGCGUUCAGGCCUAAUCUGACUGCAGCUGUUGGUAAAUAAAUCUCUCUCUUUUUUUUUUUUUUUUUUUUUUUGAUCCGAUUGAAACCGGCUGAGAAGGUGCUGUGUUGGGGGAAAACCCUCAACAUCUAAACAAAAAUUCUGCUGAGGUCUCUCCCCCCACCCUUAACCCUUUAAUGGAAAAAGUGAAGGGGGAGAUUUUUUUAGAAGAAAGGCAAACGCAUGAGACCAUCAUUAUCAAAUACUUUUAUUUGGGGGUUGAGUAUUUAUCGUUUUUAUGUUUAACUUUCUUUGGGAAGAAUGUCUUGGAAUGCGCACGUCGCGUGGUAGAGCCGCGUUUGCAGGGAAGCGGGGGCGAGAGGCCAGCUCUCCCUCCCCACCUCGGAAGCCCUGCAGCCACAGGUGGAUCUCUGUGCGCACGACUUGCGUUUCUGAAGCCACUGUUCGUUUUGUUUUUGUUUUUUUAAAAAAGAAACCAAUGGAGCCCAGAAGCGGGCGGCUCUCCAGGCCUCUGCCACCCCCCUCCGCCUUCCUCUUCUUCCCUCUCUGCAGUCUUUCUGGUCUUGUUUCGAAUUUUCCGUGGACUUUUUUGGAGGGUGUUUUUCUGUCUCCCGACCUCUGCUGUAAACUGGUGCGAAGGCGGCACGAACGCGGCCCGACGCGGGACGGGGAGGCCCGGCCAGCGCGCGAAUUCAGGAUUGCGGCGAUGCAGAAAGGUUAAGGCACUUUUUAAAACGAUAGCAAGGCUCAUCCUGUUAUUUAUUCUUUCUUUCCUUAGUAAUCGAAACACCGCAUAGGCUCCUCCGGUUAUCAGUAUUAAUGGUGUAACUUUGUUGGCAAUAUUUGCCGCGUAGAAUUUUUUUUUUAGAUAUCCAUUGUAAAUUUGAAACAAAGUCCAAUGUGUGUAAAAACAAAUCCCCAUAUGUUUUAUAUAAAUAUAUAUAUAAAAUGAAGGACUACCCCCUUUUUUUCUAGUAUUUUGGCUGCUGGGGUGCAGCGUUUGUGACACGUAUUUUAAAUUUCCUUCUGCACUGUAUAAAAUGACAAUUUGAGGAUGUUUUGCCUUUUGUGUAUUUUUUCCUAAAAAAAAGAACAAAAAUAAAAAUGUAUAACAUUUGUA